AUGGCACCGGCCCCAGAGAAUCUUCUGGAAGUACAUUUAAGAAACAUUCUAACUGAAGUGAGGGAAAGUGAGAAGCAGCAGGACAGUCAGCCUGAGGAAGUUAUGGAUGUGCUGGAGAUGGUUGAGAAUGUUCAAAAUGUAAUCGCUGAGCAAGAAGCCAUGGAAACGAAUCAAGUUGAAAGUACAGAGCCUUCAGAAAAUGAAACUAGCAAAGAGUUAGAGCCAGAAAUGGAAUUUGAGGUUGAGCCAGAUAAAGAAUCUAAGUCUCUUUCUCCUGAAAAAGAGAAUGUUGGUGCUCUGGAAAUAGAGAAGGAGGCUGAGGGAAAAGAAGAGAAAGAAUCUGAGCCCCACCCUGAGCCUGUGGCGCAGCCUCAGACCCAGCCCCAGCCCCAGAUCCAGCCCCAACCCCAGCCCCAGCCUCAGCUCCAGCCCCAGCCACAGCUCCAGCCCCAGACUCAGCCCCAGUCCCAGCCCCAAUCUGUACUGCAGCCUCAGCCUGAGACUCUACCAGCAGCAGUUCUACAGCCACCACCUCAGGUUAUUCAGGAGCAAGGGCAUUUACUCCCUGAGAGAAAGGAGCUUCCUGUAGAGUCUGUAAAACUCACUGAGGUGCCAAUAGAGCCAGUCUUAACAGCACAUCCAGAGAGCAAAAGCAAAACCAAAACUAGGAGCAGAAGUCGAGGUCGAGCUAGAAAUAAAACAAGCAAGAGCAGAAGUCGAAGCAGUAGCAGUAGUAGUUCUAGUAGCAGUUCAACCAGCAGCAGCAGUGGCAGCAGUUCCAGCAGUGGCAGCAGUAGUAGUCGGAGCAGUUCUAGUAGCAGCUCCAGUACAAGUGGCAGCAGCAGCAGAGACAGUAGCAGCAGCACUACUAGUAGCAGUGAGAGUAGAAGUCGAAGUAGGGGCCGGGGACAUAACAGAGAUAGAAAGCACAGAAGGAGUGUGGAUCGGAAGCGAAGGGAUACAUCAGGUCUAGAAAGAAGUCACAAAUCUUCAAAAGGUGGUAGUAGUAGAGAUGCAAAAGGAUCAAAGGAUAAGAAUUCCCGGUCCAACAGAAAGAGGUCUAUAUCAGAGAGUAGUCGAUCAGGCAAAAGAUCUUCAAGAAGUGAAAGAGACCGAAAAUCAGACAGGAAAGACAAAAGGCGUUAAUGGAAGAAGCCAGGCUUGCUUAGCCUAUUCUUUGCAGCAGAAGAUUUCUUGAUGAGUAAAAGGAUUACCUUUCCUUGUAAGGAGGAUGCUGCCUUAAGAAUUGCAUGUUGUAAAAAAUCUUUUUGGAAAAUACAGACUGUUUGUUUACCAGACAUUUCUUGUACUUUUUGCAUAAUUUUGUAAGAAUUAUUUAUCAAAAUUAUGUGAGGUUCCAGA